CUGACCUGGUGGAGAUAAAAGCUCUUUAGUCUGGGUUUAGAGGAGACAGUGAACACAUCACGAUGUUUGAGAGGAGCGUCUGCUUUCUGCUGAUCAGCCUCUCUCAGGCUGCAGGUCGCGACCCCUGCCUGGUGAACCCGUGUCGUAACAACGGGACGUGCGUCUACAUGGAAACUUCGUACAAAUGUUACUGCAGCGAGGGCUUCGAGGGACAGUACUGCCAGACGGUGAUAGAAGACGCGCUGAAGUGUCUCUAUCAGAACGGACACUGCGAACAGUUCUGCGACGGAUCGGCCGAACAUCGUACACGCUUCUGCACCGACGGAUACAAGCUGGGGGAGGACGGGCGGAGCUGCGUCGCUCAGGUGGAGUUCCCCUGUGGUCAGGUUCCUCCGGAGGAACUGGUCCCAGAUCAGAGUUCAGUGGGUCAGACCCGGCUGGUGGGGGGGAGACAGUGCCCCCCCGGAGACUGUCCCUUGCAGGUUCUGGUCCAGUUGAACGGAGAGAGCCACUGUGGAGGAGUUCUGGUUAACAGCCAAUGGGUGGUCACCGCGGCACACUGUAUCCAUGGCAACAACAGCGGGCAGAACCUCACCGUGGUGACAGGUUUUAUUCUCCGUGGUAGCGGCGCCAUGUUGACGUCUGUUUGUGUUCUCCGGCUGACACUCGGCGUCCUGCUGCUGCAGCUGAUCGCCGCGCACCAAGUGUUUCUGGACGGCGACUCGGCGCGGCAGCUCCUGAGCCGCCGGAGACGAGCCAACAGCUUCCUGGAGGAAAUGAAGCAGGGCAACAUGGAGCGGGAGUGCCUGGAGGAGCGCUGCGACUGGGAGGAGGCGCGGGAGAUCUUCGAAAACGCAGACAAAACGAAUGAAUUCUGGGCCAUAUACGUUGAUGGCGACGCCUGCCUGUCGGUGCCCUGCGCUCACAACGGAGUGUGUAAGGACGGGAUCGGCAGCUACACGUGCUACUGCAAAGACGGGUACCAGGGCUUCAACUGUGAGAUCGUUAUCCCCGAGCUGUGUGAGAAUAAAAAUGGCGGCUGUGAGCACUUCUGUAACUUGGCUUCGGGAAACGUUCAGUGCUCCUGCGCCAACGGAUACUUCCUGGGACCGGACGAUAAAUCCUGCGACUCCAACGACGUCUUUAAAUGCGGCGCCGUCGUGACGGAAAACGUCCGGACAGUUUUCCGGUACGACCGCAACGAGUCCAUGGUGAUGGAGAACAUCAGCAUCAGCGACUUAAUGAAAAACAUCAGCGAUGGCGACUUAAUGAAAAACAUCAGCGAUGGCGACUUCCUGUCGGAUAACAGCGACUUCCUGCCGGAGAACAGCGACUUCCUGUUGGAGGACGCCGUGUUCGAGGAGACGCUUUACUCUCAGAUGGCGAGUAUGACGCGCAUCGUGAACGGAGAGGACUGUCCUCCGGGGGAGUGUCCGUGGCAGGCUCUCCUCCUGAACGAGGACGACCGCGGUUUCUGUGGAGGAACGAUCCUUAACGAGUACAUCAUCCUGACGGCCGCCCACUGCAUGAAUGCCUCGCGCUACAUCUACGUGAGACUCGGGGAGUUUGACGUGUUGGUGGAUCACGGUAACGAGGCGAGGCACGAGGUGGAGACGAUCAUCACGCACCAGAGAUACAAGCCGGACACCUACAACAACGACAUCGCGCUAAUGAAGCUAGCAACGCCCAUCAAGUUCUCCCGCUUCAUCCUGCCGGCCUGCAUCCCUGAGCAGGAGUUCGCUGAAAAGGUGUUGAUGCGGGAGCCGGACGGCAUGGUGAGUGGUUUCGGGCGCACGGGCGAGGGCCGGCAGCCGUCCACCAUCCUGCAGCGUCUCUCCAUGCCUUACGUGAACCGGCUCACCUGCAAGGAGUCCACGCAGCUGCGCAUCAGCACCAACAUGUUCUGCGCCGGCUACGACACGCUAGCCAAGGACUCGUGCCAAGGCGACAGCGGCGGGCCGCACGUCACGCGCUACGGAAACACGUACUUCAUCACCGGCAUCGUGAGCUGGGGCGAGGGCUGCGCGCGGAAAGGGAAAUACGGCGUUUACACUCAGGUGUCCAAGUACAUCCGCUGGAUCAACAGUGGCAUGCAGCAGCUGAUGCCCAAAGAGAAGAGCGGCAGGCGGAGGAAGAGGCACCGCGGCCCGGCCCGGAGGCUGCUUCUGUAAACACCACGCCAUAGCAUAGCUAGCUAAACAAGCUAAUCCCUGUUAUAAUGUUGAUAAUUACUUUAGGGGUUCCUCAGGGCUCGAGUCUCGGUCCUUUAUAUUUUAUAUAUAGUUAUUUUAAUCGAUAUAUUUUCAUUUAAAGGGCGGCAUCUGACAAAGAAGCUUUUUGAUCAGUGUUGUUAAAGGAAAAGUGCAAUUUUGAUCAAUUUAACAAUUAAAAUGUAUUACAUUUGUGUAAGAAACUGUGUGUUCGUGUGUUCUGUCUAAAAUGUGCCUUUUCAUCUUAAAGAGAAGCUAAAUAAAUAAAUAAAAACAA